GGCAGGAGAUCGGAAGACAAAAAACAAAAUAAAUUACAAAGUUUAGGUUGGAUUUGAAGGUGAUUUCGACGAGAAUUUGGAGGACCUAGAUGGGUUAUCAUUGGUCUUGUAGGGAACAUUGGUUUUAAAUGUCCUGAUUCACGUCUCACUUGUUUCCGAAGGCUCCAUAUUGGAAUUGGGUACAAUGGAACAGACGGUGGUUCAUAAGUGCUGAUUUUCAGGAGUUACAGAACGGGACUGGCAUAGCGAAGCAUUUCAGUUGAUUGGACUCGGAGAGGUGACAUGGAUGUCUGCAAUGCCAAUUGUUCGAUUCUGCAGGGGUUGAUUUCAUUGAUGACAGAUAGAUAUCAGUUUUUUUUUGUGAGGGUGCCUUUUUAACCUGAGAUGUGGUUUAGAAGUUGAAUUGCAAUCAGUAGUCAAUUUUGUUAACCUUUCUUUCUGUGGGUUUGUUUUCUAUGGAUUGGGCAGGCUAAUAACAGGCUUGGUUUUAUUUUCAUUAUUUUUUCUUGGUUGAGAUGCAAUUUUAAACUUUGAAGUAUCUUGUGUCUUCAAUUGGUUAAUCUGAAGUUCCAAGAGAAUUAUCAUGAGUUUGACUUUGAUGCUUACAACAUAACUUAUAUGAAUAAUUUAGACCAAAGAGGCUCCUUGGUGUCAGUUCAAGAUUUUGAAAUUGUAGCUUUGUUGUACGGAUUUGGCUUUGAAUUUCAGAAGCAGGAAUAAUUUAUGGUGUUUCAGUUAUCUUAUGUUUCCUUUCUAGGAGUACGUCUCCCUCUAAUUUGAAGUAUACAUGCUUUGCUCAACAGUUGGUAAUUGGUUCUGAGCAUUUGAUCCAGGUCCCAUUUUUUUACUUGACUUGGACAAGCAAGAACUGGAGACACUGAAGCCAAUGCUUUUUUUCAUUUUUAAAUUUUUUUUUGCAAUGUGAUUAGUUUUCAUGGAUUAGAUUCAGUUUCAGAGGCUUGUGAGGUAUUGGCAUGAAGUUGGUGAGGUUGAAUUAAAUUCUUGUUAGGUGGUUUCAUAUCAUGCUUGGAUCAUUUGGAAUUUGAUAUUGGCUGGUCCCAGGGUGGUAAUUAGCUAUGUACUUUUAGCAGUGGCCAAUGAGCUAUUUAUAAUGGUUGAGUCAUGGAUGGUGAUCCAUCAAUGGGCACCCCUGACAAUAGGUUCUCUGAACUAGUUGGCAUUGUAAAAUCCUGGAUCCCUCGAAGGACUGAGCCAGCAAAUUUGUCGAGGGAUUUUUGGAUGCCUGAUCAAAGCUGUAGGGUAUGCUAUGACUGUGACUCCCAGUUUACAUUAUUUAACCGUAGGCACCAUUGCCGACUAUGUGGUCGAGUAUUCUGUGCAAAGUGUACUGCAAACUCGGUUCCUGCCCCAUCUGAUGAACCAAAUACUGGCUGUGAAGAUUGGGAGAGGAUAAGAGUCUGUAACUAUUGCUUCAAGCAAUGGGAACAGGGUAAAACAGUGGUCAAUAAUGGGGCUCAAGCAUCAAGUCCAGGUCUCAGUCCUUCACCAUCAGCAACAAGUUUGGUCAGUACCAAAUCUACAGCUACUGGUAACAGCAGCAGCUGCACUGUUAAUUCAAUGCCAUUCUCUACUGGGCCUUACCAACAGGUGCAAUAUAGUUCUAGUCUCAGUCCUAGACAGUCUUCUCAAAUGGAAUUUGGUACAGACAAACAUGACAUAGCAGCAUCUGGGAGCAGCACAGAUCCCAUUGCAGACAUAGGAGAUCCAUCUCCUAGCCAAUUUGUAUUUUGCAUGAACAGGAGUGAUGAUGAUGACGAAGACGAUGAAUAUGGUGAUUAUCAAUCAGAUUCUGAAGCAAGGCAUUUUAAUCAGGUUGAUGACUUUUAUGGUUCUGUUGAGUUUGAUGAGAUUGAUCAUGCCUAUGAACCACAUGAUGUGCACUCUGAUGCUGAAAACAUCGAAAGAACAGGUUUGAGCAGUUCCUCUUUACAUGAGAGUUUAGAUUCACAAGGGCUGGAAGGAAUCAAGAAGCAGGGGGAAGAAACUGAAGGACACGACCGUGGUGAUGCGUGUGAAGCUUCUGCUUCUUUAUAUGGCGUGGAGGGUAUGGAGGCUGAGCCCGUAGAUUUUGAGAAUAAUGGGCUUCUCUGGGUACCUCCUGAACCAGAAGAUGAAGAAGAUGAGAGAGAAGCUGUUUUAUUUGGUGGUGAUGAUGAUGAUGAUGAUGAUGAUGGUGCCACGGGAGAAUGGGGAUAUUUACGCUCUUCAAGCAACCUUGGCAGUGGGGAAUAUCGCAGUAGAGACCGGUCAAGUGAGGAGCACAGGAAAGCCAUGAAAAAUGUGGUUGAUGGGCAUUUCAGGGCUUUGGUAUCUCAGCUGUUGCAGGUUGAAAACCUACCUAUGGUUGAGGAAGAUGACAAGGAAAAUUGGCUUGAGAUAGUUACAUCUUUGUCCUGGGAGGCUGCUACACUUCUUAAGCCAGAUACGAGCAAGAGUGGAGGUAUGGAUCCUGGUGGAUAUGUGAAGGUUAAAUGCAUAGCUUGUGGGCACCGCAGUGAGAGUAUGGUGGUCAAAGGAGUUGUUUGUAAGAAGAAUGUGGCACACAGGCGAAUGGCAUCAAAGAUAGAGAAACCCCGUUUCUUAAUCCUUGGAGGAGCACUUGAGUAUCAGCGAGUUUCUAACCUCCUUUCAAGUUUUGAUACUUUGUUGCAGCAGGAAAUGGACCACUUGAAGAUGGCAGUUGCAAAGAUAGAUGCACACCAUCCCAAUGUCCUUUUGGUAGAGAAGUCGGUUUCUCGUUUUGCCCAAGAUUACCUCCUUGCGAAAGACAUAUCACUUGUUCUGAAUAUUAAGAGGCCACUUUUAGAGAGAAUAGCUCGUUGUAUGGGUGCACAAAUUGUCCCUUCAAUCGAUCAUUUGUCAUCACAGAAGCUGGGGUACUGUGACUCAUUUCAUGUGGAGAAGUUUCUUGAAGAGCAUGGCAGUGCUGGGCAAGGUGGGAAGAAACUGGUGAAGACACUGAUGUUCUUUGAAGACUGCCCAAAGCCAUUGGGUUGCACUAUUUUGCUGAAGGGUGCCAAUGGGGAUGAGUUGAAAAAGGUGAAGCAUGUGGUUCAAUAUGGAGUUUUUGCAGCAUACCAUUUGGCGUUGGAGACAUCUUUUCUUGCCGAUGAAGGGGCUUCUCUGCCAGAACUCCCAUUAAAGUCCCCAAUAACUGUUGCACUUCCAGACAAACCAUCAAGUAUUGACAAGUCCAUUUCCACUAUACCUGAUUUUGCUAUCGCUGCCAUUGGCAAGUGUCAGGGACCACAAUCCAGUACUGAACUGCAAAAAUCUGGAAGAGUCCUCACAUCGGAUGUGACUUUACCAAUCAGAAAUGGAUCUAAUAGCAAAAUGGAAAUGGCCUUAUCACCUUGCUUACCCAAAGAUCUUGACUCUCAGUAUAAAGGACAAGAUCCAAGCUACCACUCUUCUGGUUUUUUCCAUGCCUUAACUCCAUCAAGGCAGUUUGUGUCUGAUUCUUACCUUAAUGAGCCUGAUCCACAUCAUGCCUUUGAGGAUAAAGAUAGGAUGGGCUGUGAGGAAUCUUUUGAGGUCAAACCUUCUGCAUCCAACUGCAGCCAUAAAAACGUGGCUAGCCACCUAAUUUCUAAUGGUUUUGGGGUCCUAGAAACCUCAGAGAAUGGUGGGUUUGUAGGUAAUGGCACUCAAAUCGAUUGCAAUGCAGUUGCUACGAAUAAUCCUAAUGCUUCAGAACUAGCAUCCUUGCAACAUGAUAGUAAUAACUACCAUGAGGGGCAGGGGCCUUCUAAGGAGGAGUUUCCUCCAUCUCCUUCUGAUAAUCAGAGUAUUUUGGUUUCCUUAUCAACCCGGUGCGUAUGGAAGGGUACUGUUUGUGAGCGGGCGCAUUUAUUCCGGAUCAAAUACUAUGGUAACUUUGACAAGCCUUUGGGGCGUUUUUUACGUGACCAUUUGUUUGACCAGAGUUACUGUUGUCAUUCCUGUGAAAUGCCAUCAGAAGCACAUGUUCAUUGUUAUACCCAUCGGCAAGGUAGUGUUACAAUUUCUGUUAAGAAGCUUCCAGAGUUUCUCUUGCCGGGCGAACGAGAAGGGAAGAUUUGGAUGUGGCAUAGAUGCCUGAGAUGUCCUCGGACCAAUGGGUUUCCUCCAGCAACUCAGAGAGUGGUGAUGUCUGAUGCUGCUUGGGGUUUAUCUUUUGGAAAAUUUUUGGAGCUUAGCUUUUCAAACCAUACUGCUGCAAGCAGGGUAGCUAGCUGUGGUCAUUCAUUACACAGAGAUUGUCUUCGGUUCUAUGGGUUUGGGAGAAUGGUUGCAUGCUUUCGUUAUGGUUCAAUUGAUGUUCAUUCUGUUUAUCUUCCACCCUCUAAACUUGACUUUAACUAUGGAAGUCAAGAAUGGAUACAGAAAGAAGCAAAAGAGGUGGUUGACAGGACAGAACUUCUUUUUACUGAAGUACUCAACAGUCUCCAUGAGAUUGUUGAGAAAAGAUCAGGUUUAGGAUUCCUUAAAAGUGGUGUGAAAGCAGCUGAAUCAAGACAUCGUGUUGCAGAACUAGAAGGGAUAAUACAAAAGGAGAAGGCAGAAUUUGAGGAAUCUCUCCAUAAAGCUCUGAACAGGGAGGCAAAGAAGGGCCAACCUAUAAUUGAUAUCCUUGAGAUUAAUCGGUUGCAGAGGCAGCUGCUCUUUCAGUCUUACGUGUGGGACCGCCGCUUGAUAUAUACAGCCAAUUUAGACAACGACCAUCAGGAAGGGCUAAGCAGCUCUAUGGCAAAAAGCAAGGAGAAAACCCUUGAUUCGAUUGAGAAGCUUGUUGAGAUGAACACUUCUAAUAAUACAAGUAAGGCUUUAUCCAGUUGUGACUCAAUUUGGGAUGGGAAGCCUGAUGAAAGCCUUAAUCAAGGAGGAUCUGGUGAGCAGCCUAAUCAGGAUGCCUUAGCUAGUCAAGGAAGAGAGAUGAAUCAAGAUCCAAACAAUGAGAAGGAAGGCAUGGUUUAUUUGUCUACUGGCCAAAAGUUUGAUGAUCAAUUUGAUCCUUUGGAAUCUGGAGUAAUUCGUAGGGUUCUCUCAGAGGGGCACUUCCCAAUUAUGGCAAGUUUGUCAGACACUCUUGAUGCAGCAUGGACAGGUGAAAAUCACCCAGGAAGUGCAACACCAAGAGAGAAUAGUUGUACAUUUCCUGAUGCAGCUGUUGUUGAUUCGUCAGUCAUGAUAGAUGUUGCAGUGGCAAAACCGGAGUUGGAAGAGCAUUUGGAAAACCGAGAUGGAGCUGAGAUAUCUCAAUCUCUUGGACCUGCAAGAGCAAUCAAGGGAACUGACAAUGUGUAUGACACUACAAGCUGGGUAAGCAUGCCUUUCCUAAACUUCUACCGUUCUUUCAACAAAAUUUCUUCAGGAAGUGCUCCAAAGCUCGAUACGCUUAGUGGAUAUGAUCCUGUCUAUGUCACAUCGUUUCGGGACUUAGAGCGUCAAGGUGGUACCAGAUUUCUGUUGCCUAUAGGUUUCAAUGACACUGUUGUGCCAGUUUAUGAUGAUGAACCCACAAGUAUUAUAUCAUAUGCCCUGGUCUCUCAGGAUUAUCAUGCCCAGAUGUCUGAUGAGCGGGAUAGACCAAAAGAUGGGGGAGACUCUUUAGUCUCCUUACCAUCUUUUGAUUUGGUGAAUUUUCAUUCAUUUCAUCUAUUUGAUGAAAUGACCUCCGAAUCAUUUAGAAGUCUUGGGUCCACAGAUGAUAGCAUCUUAUCUAUGUCUGGGUCCCGGAGCUCUCUGAUGUUGGAACCACUCUUAUCUACAAAGGCAUUGCAUGUGAGAGUUUCUGUUACAGAUGAUGGCCCUCUAGGGAAGGUGAGGUAUACUGUUACUUGCUACUAUGCUAAGCGGUUUGAGGCCUUGAGGAGAACAUGUUGCCCAUUUGAGUUAGAUUUCAUAAGGUCCCUCAGUCGCUGUAAGAAGUGGGGGGCCCAAGGUGGCAAGAGCAAUGUCUUUUUUGCAAAAACCUUGGAUGAUCGGUUUAUCGUCAAACAGGUUACAAAGACAGAGCUAGAAUCUUUCAUCAAGUUUGCUCCUGAGUAUUUCAAAUACCUCUCUGAUUCGAUUGGCACAGGAAGUCCUACAUGUCUGGCAAAGAUUCUGGGGAUUUACCAGGUGACAUCGAAGCACCUUAAAGGGGGGAAGGAGUCAAGGAUGGAUGUUUUAGUCAUGGAGAAUCUUCUGUUUGGGCGGAAUGUUACAAGACUUUAUGACCUUAAGGGAUCUUCUCGGUCACGGUAUAAUCCAGAUUCAAGUGGGACCAAUAAGGUUUUGCUGGAUCAGAACCUCAUAGAAGCAAUGCCAACUUCUCCGAUUUUUGUGGGAAACAAGGCAAAGCGGUUGUUGGAGAGAGCUGUUUGGAAUGAUACUUCUUUUCUUGCGUCCAUUGAUGUAAUGGAUUACUCAUUACUGGUCGGGGUGGAUGAGGUGAAGCAUGAGCUGGUUGUGGGGAUAAUUGAUUUCAUGAGGCAGUACACCUGGGACAAACACCUCGAGACAUGGGUGAAGGCUUCAGGGAUACUUGGUGGUCCAAAGAAUUCAUCUCCAACUGUAAUCUCUCCCAAGCAAUACAAGAAACGGUUCAGAAAAGCCAUGUCUGCUUAUUUCCUCAUGGUACCAGACCAAUGGUCUCCUUCAACCAUUAUCCCCAAUGGGUCCCAAUUGGACGUCUGUGAAGAGAAUGCACAAGGUGGGGCUUCACUUGAAUGAUACUAUGAAAAAAAAAAGUUUCUUGUAUAUGUGAAGAUAUGUAAGUUGGGGUUCAAUGCCCUCUUUUUCUUCUAUUUUUUUUAACCCCUUUUUAUUCAGUCUGUCAAUGCUUCUUUUACUUUAUCCUUUUUUUUUUUUGAUGAAUUUUACUUUAUCCUUUUCUCCAUUAUAUUUUCUUUAGGAUGGUAGAUGUAUUCCUGUUCUUAGGAAAAUAUAUGUCAAUGAUUUGUUAGAAGAAUGAACAAGGCGGUUUGAUGCCAAGAAAUUCACGACGGAGGAAUAAUAUUAAAUUGUUUUUCUGUCUGUCAGUUACAUGUAUAAUAUCUUUUUUGUGUAUGUAUGCAUCAUUUGCAAUAUAUUCGUCACAAUACAUCAGUCAAUUUCUUUGUAUUGGAUCUGGCAUUAAUUCUCCC